AUGAAGUUUGCCGGAGCAUUUUUCCUAGCCCUUAUUGCUCUGGUUACAUUAGUUCACAUCACAGCUGCGAAGGACGUGGAGCUUGAGGGCUUCGACGCACUCGAUCUCGCCGUCGACACUUCCGACGGCGCCGCAAGCGCCACUGUCGUGGAGACGUCGAGCCCGGGCCAAUGUAAUGGACAAUGCCAGGAAAGCGCUCCUGCAGAUCCGCAGCCCAAGCCUCGCGCCGUCGUGGGCGGACGGCGGCCGACCGUAGGCGGUACAUCCGCCGCCCAGCCCAAAAACUACCGUCUGGAAGCCGCCUUCGCUGUGGUCAUCGUCUUAUACGUGCUCGUCGCCAUUUGGGGCACCAAGGAAAACGGCAAGAUCGCGGAUGCAUUUGCGCGCAUGCACUGCGUCGGCGAAGCGGCGCUCUUCCCCCGCCAGUUCGCCUUGUGCGGCGCCGGCGAGCCGAACGCCGCCGGCUUCCGCACGCCAAUGCUGAAGGAGAGCUCCUCUCUGUUUAAAUUCUACGCCUCAGGCCGGCGCCACUGCCAGGGCUGCCUGGCGACCCUCUCCCUCCGCAACCGCGCCGACCUGCUUUCCUGGGUUCUCAACUUCUUCCUCCCAUCCGAAGACCUCCUAGAAAUCGACGUCUACAUGAACGAGGCCAACAUGCCGCCCAUGGUCCUCGCCGUCGCCACGCCGCGCCAGGCCCGCGCCCUAGCCGACCGCACCGACAUACGGACCUACACCAAGCCGCUCAAGCUAUCUGCCAGCGGCCCAGCCGCCCCCACUGAUCCCGUCCCGGGCUGGCCCGGCCACAAACUCCAAGUCCUAGCCGAGCACAGCUCCCUCUUCUACGACCUUUUCAGUGACCCACGGGUCCAUUCCGUCUUUACGUCGACGGGCCAUGCUGACAAGUUGCGGCUGUUCCGCAGCUUGCUAGCGACCUCAGAGAACUCGGGUGGGAGUCACAAGCGGCUGCUGCGGUUCGUGUUUGCGUUACCGGCAUACGACGACAUGCGGGCGCUGAGUCCCCUGCUGGGGCUGGUGCCGCUGCUGGUGGACCUCGUGGGGGUGUACAAACUGACCCCCGAGCUAAAGAAGCGGGCGCUGGAGGUUCGCAUCCGGCAGGAGGUCGCCUCGGCGGACGCGGAGGAGAGCCGCCGUCGCCGCAUUGAGGCGCUGCAGAAGCGGAAGCAGGAGAAGGCCCAGGAGGAGAAGGAGCGGCUUUCUCGUCUGGCGCCGGAGGCUCGUCGCAAGGCGGAGGAGAAGCUCGCCAAGCAGGCCGCGAAGAAGUCUAUGAAAGUCAAGAUGAUGCCCAGUCGGGCUGGGCUCGGCCGCGGCCAAGUAGCAUUGGCGGUGUUGGUGUUGGUGAUGGCGACGGUGGCGGUGAAGAUAGCGCCCGUGUGA